AUGUUACUGCCUUUGAAGUUUGUGGUCUAAAAAAUUCAUACCCAGUGACAGCCAAUAGCAGAAACAGUGGAGGAAAAUACAACAAACAGUAAAGCUGAGCCCAAACUGACCAAAUAACCAUGAGGAGAGAAAAAACUCUUGUGGACAAGGAACAACCUAUCUUCAGCACUCGAGCUCACGUCUUCCAGAUUGACCCAAACACAAAGAAGAACUGGGUACCCACCAGCAAGCAUGCAGUUACUGUGUCUUAUUUUUAUGACAGCACAAGAAAUGUGUAUAGGAUAAUCAGUUUAGAUGGCUCAAAGGCAAUAAUAAAUAGCACUAUCACCCCAAACAUGACAUUUACUAAAACAUCUCAGAAGUUUGGCCAGUGGGCGGAUAGCCGGGCAAACACUGUUUAUGGCCUGGGAUUCUCCUCUGAACAUCAUCUUUCAAAAUUUGCAGAAAAGUUUCAGGAAUUUAAAGAAGCUGCUCGGCUAGCAAAGGAGAAAUCGCAGGAGAAGAUGGAACUUACCAGUACACCUUCACAGGAAUCGGCAGGCGGAGAUCUUCAGUCCCCUUUAACACCAGAAAGUAUCAAUGGGACAGAUGAUGAGAGAACACCUGAUGUGACCCAGAACGCAGAGCCAAGGGCUGAGCCAGCUCAGAACGCAUUGCCAUUUUCACAUAGGGCUCGAACCCAGGACUGCCUGCUUGCAAGGCAGGUGCUUAUGCUGCUGAGCUAAAUCCCCAGCCCCUGUACUGAUAAAUUUUGAUAGCAAUUUGAUUACUGUAAUGGAAAAUAGGCUCUUUUAAACACUGAAUAUAUUUCAAUUUUUCUAAUGUUUAGAUUAUGUAUUCUCAUGAUGCUGCUAGCUUUUAUAGAUUUUAAAGAUACUUUAUCUUUUACAGGAGAUAUUUCUGCCAUUUCAUGUGUUUGUGUUUUCUUUUUUUUUUUUUUUAAUUUUAUUUAAGGAGAAAAAACAAAAAAAAAAAGAAAAAGGGUACAAGUUAUACAGAAUUUCAGAAAAAAUAAACAGAAGGAAAUCACUAGUUAAUUGCAUAUUGUCAUCUUAGAAAUUGUUGAAGUUACAAAAUUAAAGCAUAUAGAGGGGACUUUCAAACAGUGAGACUGCAAACAGUUUUGUUCAAUAAUCCAACAAAAUUCAGUAAUAUGGUUAUCUAUCUUAUACACUUAAAUAUAUAUGCAUUAUAUCUUUUAGAGAACUUUCUUUUCCUUUCUUUUGUACAAUGACAAUUACACAUUUUGGGUUUUAUUACUCCCACAGUUCUUAUUACUUUUUUUUUGAAGAAAGUAAAACCAAAUGUGACAUACCAGGACAGAGUCAGUCAAAUCAAAAGGAUGGACAUAAUACAUAAUGUAAAAACAAAAUACAAGGUCAUCAACAAUGGUUACCAUAAUGCCUCAUUAUCUUAAAAAGAAUUGCCUAUAUCAUCAGUUAUAAUAAAAUUAAACAAAACAAUAAAGAAUAAGACAAAUAAAACCAAAACAUUGGAGACAUUAGAGGACUUCAAAAGAAGAUAAUAAUCAACCAGAAUGGGCAUCACAAUGGAUCUUAUUGUCUUCAUAGUUCUGCCUAGACUUUCAAACUUAGUACUGUCUAGCAUAACAGAAUAGAGGAAAAUCAGUCAAAACAAGAUGGUGAGAGCAAUACAGAAUUUCAAAUCAAGUUAAUAGAAAAUCAAAGUGGGUUACAAUAAUUAUUCUGCUAUUUUUUAUUUAUUUUUCCCUUAGUUAAAAGGAUAAAAAUAAAAAAGUAAAUAAUAAAAUGGAGAUUGAGAUAAAAGAGGGCAUAACAACAAAACAGCGCAGAUCAAAACAUAACUAUUUAAACAAAAUAGUGUUUCACCACAAGAUAAUCCCAACAUAAAAGUAGUUACCGUAUUGUAUCUUUCCUUGAAAUCUUUGAGUAUAACUUCGUAUACUGUAGCAUCAAACAUAUCAAGACAAUGUAAAACCAUUCAAGAGAGUGACAGUAUUACAGGGUAUUUAGAAUCAACUAACAGAAAAUCAACAAUGGUUUCUGUAUAAUCUCCUUGUCUAUAAAAGUUUUUGUUUAUAUUAUCACUUAUAAUAAAAUCCAAUAAGAUACAACACGUUAAAACCGAUGGAGACAGAAGAACAAAAGCUUGAUGGGACUCCAAAACAAGAGGAUAUUAAAUCAGCACUAGCUAUUAUGAUGUCUUGUUUUCUCCAAAAUGGCUGUUCAUACCAUCCAACCUUCUCUGCCUCAUUUCUGUUGAGCUUUUUUUCUGUCACUAGUUGUCAGUUUGUCCUCUUCAUUUCACUUUCUGCUCCAUUCAUUGUGGCUGCUCGGCCACUGUUUCUGGAAUCUUGGUAUUUUUCAUUUUUAGAAUAUCCUGCAAUAAUCUCUGUAGAGUUGAAUUGCUGGUUGCAAAUUCCCCUAGUUCCUCUUUAUCCUGGAAGCACCUUGUUUUUCCAUCAAUUUCUGGGGACAGUUGUGCAGGAUAUAUCAAUCUUGGCUGGAGGUUAUUAUCUUUCAAAGCUUGAAUUAUUUACCCCCAUGCUCUUCAUGAUUUGAUGGUUUGUGCCAAGAAGUCUACUGUAAUUCUGAUGGGUGUUCCCUUGUAAGUGAUCUGUUUCUUGUCUCUGAUGGCUUUUAAUAUUCUGUUCUUAUAUUGGAUUUCUGGAAUUUUGAUUAUUCUAUGCCUGGGUGUAGCUCUGUUUGUGUUGUAGGUGGCUGGGGUCCUGUAUGCCUCAUACAUCUGAGUAUCUUUAUCUUUUGCUAAAUUAGGGAAAUUCUCCUGGAUUAUUUCUGUGAAUAACUUUUGUAGUUCAUUUGUUUGAGUCCCUACUUCUUCUUUUAUGUUCUUAAUUCUUAAGUUAUAGAUCCUCUUGUCAUCUUCUAGUCUUUGUAUUAUUGCUGUUUGUCUUGUUAUUUUUAAGAAAUUUUUCAUUUCAUGCUCCCACCUUACAAAUCUGUCCUCCAGUUCUGAUAAUCUAUCCUUAGUUUCUUUCAAGCUGUUAUGCCAGCUUUCAAUAGAGUUUUUAGUUUCCUGGUAAUCUCUGUGAACCUGCUUCAUGUAUUCUAUGUUUUCUUUAUUUUCUCCAUCAAACAAUUCUCCCCUUUUUUUCUGUUCUUCCAUUCCACCAUCUGUUUUUUCUUGGGUGGUGCUUAGCAUUUCUCUAAUUAUUCUACUUAUUUCUUGCUUUAUUUCAUUAAAUACUUCAUUUUUGAACUCGUCUAUGGGGCUCCGGAGAUAUCGUUUUAUAUGUAUAGGUGCCGUGUCUGAUAUUGCAUGUUUUCUGUCUUCAUUCUCUUUUGCUUUUACCUUUCCUGGAUCAGUGUUCUCAGGAUUGGGGACUGAAGAGCCUUUCUUGUUGCUCCCUUUCCCCAUACUUUUGUUCCUUCCAUACAAGUGUAUGUAGGAGGCUCAGUUUGUUUUUGUUUUUUUUUCUCUUUGUCUGUGGCAGUUUGUUUGAAUCUGCUGGCUAAGUGUUCCCGCCCACUGCAGUGUACUAGGGAGACACAGACCUGGGCAGCCUCUGCUGGGCCCAUCCCUCCAGAUCAACCUAGUGAAGGCUUCACUGCUAGAGUGCACCGCCAGGCGCAGGGACCUGGUUUGGGCUAGCCUACAGGAUCUUAGUCCACGGCUUCACCAGGCCAAGCGCUCUCCACCACUCCCACUUGAGAGGGGAACAUGCAACUAAAGUCACUGCAGGGCUGUGUUCCGGCUAGUCUGCCCGUUCCCAGAAUGUCCUCUGUUGGAGCCUCCUAGUCUAUGAAAGGGUCCCCAUUUCACUCACUGCAGGUCGAGCCAAUCCCGCUCUCAACGCUGUUUGGGCCGAUUCCCACUCUCAGAGCUUUGGUGCGCCUCUCUCCCUGCCGUGCAGAUUGGGAUGCAGUAUUGGCAGCAGGACAUUCAAAUCGCAGCUUCCUAUGGCGCAGGAUCCAGCUUCCGCACUGAGAUUUUAUCUGUUCCUGUUAUAGCAUCAGUAUUGCAUUUCCAGUUGGUUUCUCUCAGCUUACUUUGUUCCUUGGGUCGGCAGGGUACCAUCUCCCCUCAUGUGGGACUCCUCACACGGCCCUGCUCCUGGAUUCUAAGAUGGUAAUCUCAGAGAGCCUCCGUGUGGCUGCUGUUAUUUGUCUGCCAUGUUCUCCCGGAAGUCCUGUGUUUGUGUUUUCAACAGGUAGUCUUUUAAGGAAGUAUGUACAAAUCUUUUUAUUAGUAAAUUGAUAUUACUUUAAAUGAGCGUAAUUACAAUUUCAUAAAAGGUUAUAAGGUUUUUUUUAUUCACUCAAUUUGUAUUAUCAAAAUUUCAUUAUCAAAGUUUUAGAAAGCCACUAUAUACUUUAAAAAAAAAAAAACUGUGAUCAGGGACUGGGGAUAUAGCUCAGUGGCACUGUGCCUGCCUGGCAAGUGCAAGUGGAUUUGAUCCCUGGUAAAAGAAAAGAAAAGUCCAUGAUCAGGAAUUUUGGUACAAUUCAAAAAUUAAUUUUCACUGGAAAUUUUAACUUAAAACUUAAAAUAUAUAAAAUAUUUGUAAUUUUUAAACUAAAUUAAAAUACCUAAAAAGUAUUUACCUUGAAUUAAGUUUGUACCUAUUUGAAGAUGACAGGGGAAAAAUGAAUAGCUCUUACAAGCGCUAAAGAAGUACUACACUCUACAUUGUCGUAUUUUGUCUCCCUCUUUCGUGGAUACAAAAUAAAACUUAGAAGAUUGUACUUACGAAGUAAAGUGAAAAUAAUUUCUGUAGAUAACUUUUGUUUGGAUAAAACUUUGUGUAUAAAACUAGGAAUUGAUUUCACAGGAUAUUUAUUGUUAGUAUAAUUGCAGGAGAAAAACUAAGCUGUGGAAUUUUUCUUAAGCAUUAUAGUCCCAAUUGGCUUAAAUAUUAUUGCUCUAACUUCAGACCUCAAAAUUAAGUUAACUUUUCAAAAGUAAUUGAAGGCAAAGACAGUUUUUGAGUCUUGGAGACAAUUUAGAGAUUUUGGAAUUUUUUUAAACAUAAUUGUAAGUAGGUGACAUUUUAUAAGAAAUGCUGUGGUCAUAUAAUUAACAUAUAUGUCGUAUACAUAUAUAUUUGUACAUAUGUCUUUACAUCUUAUACAUAAGUAUUUAGUACAUGCCUUUAUUUCCUUCUAAAAUCUUUUAAAGAUUAUAAGGGAAAUGUUAAGUUUUGCUAAAGCAUUUUUUCAGUCAUUAUCAGGUGCUAUACGUUUUUUACAAAAAGAAAAAUACAUACUCAUUUUUCACUUAAGAAAAUAUUAAGCAUUUCUAGUGGGAAUUAGUCUACUGUCAUUAUUAUUCAUGAGAAGAAUGUUCAUCUGUCUCCAAGUACCUGCCAGCCUCCUUUUUUUUUUUUUUUUCGGUACGGGGUAUUGAACACACAGUCUUGCACUUGCCAAGCAGGUGCUUAUGCUGCUGAGGUAAAUCUCUAGCCCCCAGCUUCCAUUUUUAAAUUGCCUAACUGGAAUUAGUGGUCAAUUGCCAGCAAUGAGAUUGAAUGUAGAUUGAUUAUAAUCUCUUCUAGUAGAGGGAUUUUAAAAAUUCCUUUUUUCUCUUUUCGUUCAUAACAGACCACAGUGGGGAUUCCAUUAGAAGGGGAGCAUGUGAUACAAAGGGUUCAGCCCUAUAUAGGGAAAAAUGCUUUUCCUUUGAACUGGGCUUGUCCGUCUUUCCUCUUGGCCUAGUAGUAAGGGCUAAGAUCAAGGUGUGAACAUAACCUGAGACUAGGCAAGCUGCAAAUGUGUCAAAUGUAUGAUAGUUAGGUCUGGAGUAAAGUGCACUUAUGCAGAGUUCAUCUAAAUAUACUAAAGUUUUUGAAAAAUGAGACCGGGAGAUGAAGAGUAGAUGACUUGACCUUUCUGUUUUCCAUUCUAGAUCUUACAGAGAAAUGUUUAAAUGAAGAUUGGGGUUAGGUAUUUCUUUUGGGGGACAAUAUACUGAACUCAUAUUUCAUACAGAAAUAAGCUGACAGUUCAUUGAAGUGUAUUGCAAGUAGUCAUUCUUCAAUUACUACCUUACUUACAGAGUAUGUAAAAGACAUAGAUAUGACUGUGCAACUGCAAUAACUGUCCAUCAUGCUUUUAUUUGUAUCAGUUUACCAUUUUCUAUCCAUAGUUUAGGUUGGUCAUAUAGCCAGUGUUGAUCAAAUCAUUAAUUUUUAUGACCCUGCCCUGAGUUGAAGUCUAAAAGGAAGUGUUUGAACUUCAGAAAUAGAGAGUACUUUGGUUAUUAUGUAAUCAGUCACUUCAUUUUGGAAGUGUAGGAGAAAAUCCAGAGAAGAAUGUUGUUCAGUAACAUUUGCUAAUGGCUAAAUUAGAGCAUUCUGCAGAAAUACUGAUCAUUAGACUAUGCUGGUUGAAGCAGCUCUUUCUCUACUAAACUCAAAGAAACUGUGUUCUGUAUCACUUCAGAUACUUAUCAUCCUGAUUUUUAUCAUUGUUCACAUUUGCUAUUCCUUGUUAAACUCCUAUACUAGAUUUUCAGCUUCUGUACUAAGUAUUAUUAUUUACUUUUCCUGGUAUCUCAUAUAGUUUGUAGCCACUUUAGAUCUGUAUUCAUUAAUACAUUUUUAAGCAAAUAAAUGUAUUUAUUUAUUAUACAUAUAAUAAAUACAUAUUACAUAAUAUGAUAUAAUAUUGGUUGGCCCAAUUUGAAAAUUAGCAUUGAAAUAUAUCGCAUUGGGCUGGGAAUACAGCUCAGCAGUGUAAGAACCUGCCUAGCAAGCAAAAGGUCAUAAGUUUAAUUCUCAGUACUACCUCCCCCCAGAAUAUCAAAUAGUGGGAAAUACUAUCAGUAAAACCUUGGUUUGGGAGCAUAAUUUAUUCUGGAAACAUGCUUGUAAUCCAAAGCACUUGUAUAUCAAAGUGAAUUUUCUCAUAAGAAAUAAUGAAAACUCAGAUUAUUUAUUCCACAGUCCCAAAAUAUGCAUAUAAAAUGAUUAAAAUACUGUAAAAUAAUACAAUAAAGUACAAAAUAUUCAGAAAAACAAAUUAAGUUGUAGUUACCUUUGAAAACCUUCAUGGCUGAUGUGGGAGACAAAAGAGAGGAGAGUUACUGUGUAGGAUGAUUUUCACUGUAACUAACAGAAUCACUGAUACCUACCAGCUCAGUGGAAUCCUUUUCUUUUUGUGCAUCUUUAACAAGGAACCUAUCCAGUGAAACUCAUUUGCCUCCUUUUGAGUACAUUGUGGGGAAGUAACAUUGCAUCGUCAAACAGAUUCAUCAUUCACACUGCCACAGCCUUGUUCAAGUAGAGCUUUUCUGCAAAAUUUUUCAUUUUCUCACAUUUUUACACAUUUUCCUAAUCUGAUUUGCAGUGAAGGAUUCCUCUCCUUCUCUGCAGAUGAGAUCUCUUCUAUAACCUUUUACUAUUGGGAGAGGAUCACCCACAAUGCCACAGCAAGAGGUUGGAGGAGCCACUGUCUCAAUUGUGAUCAUGUGACAUUUGGCAUCAGGUUCUACUCAUAUUGCAAGAAUUCUUGUUUAUCAAAUUAAAAUUUAUUAACAAUGUGAAACACUAGCACAGCAAGUUACUUGCAAUCCAAGGUUUUACUGUUUACCAAUUUGAAGAAUAACCAGUUUAAAAUCAUAAUUCUAGGAAGAUCCAGUUAGUUAUUUGUAUUGCAUUUACUGGGUUUUACUUUGUUGUUGUGGUUUUGUUUGUUUUUUGAGACACAGUCUCACUUUGUAGUUCGGGCUGACUUUGAACUCAUUAUGUAGUAGAAGUGACAAGAGUGUAGAUCUGGUUGGAACACAUAAAAACUCUUCUGAAUUGUGAACAUGGAAUAUUUUCCCAUUUAUUUAGUGUUUCUUUCUCUUUUUUUUUUUUGGUACCAGAAAUCAAACUCAGGACCUUGCGCUUGCCAUAUUUAGUGUUUUUUAACUGCUUUCAACCAUGUUAGUUUUCAGAGUACAAUUUGUUUGUUUUCUUUUUAUUUGCAUCUUAUUUUUGAUACUUUUAUAAGUAGAAUUGUUUUCUUAAUUUCAUUAUUAUUUGUUCACCAUUAGUAUUUAGAAAUAUAAUUGAUUUUUUGUAGUGAUCUUGCAUCUUACAAACUCACUUACUUAUUAGUUUUAAUAAUUUUUAAAUGAAUUCCCUAGAAUUUUCUAUAUACAAAAUUAAGUUAUCUGGAAAUAGAUAUAUUUUUACUUCUUUCAUUUUCAGUCCAGAUGUCUUUUACUUUUUAUUGACUAAUUUUUAUGGCUAGAACCUCCAUUACAAAAAUGGAAAAAGUAGACAUCUCUGUCUUAUUUCUAGUCUUAUAGGGAAGAUAUUCAGACUCUGACUGUUAAGUAUGUUAGUUAUGUACUUUUCAUAGAUCCUUUUUAUCUAAAUAAACAAGUUUUUUGUAUUCAUAUUUUUUUAGCAUUGAGUUUAUGGUUAUUGGUUACUGAUUUCUUCCCUCACAUCUUUCCCUGAAACACAUGCUGGGGCUUUACAAUUUUAUUAUGCAUUGGCAUAUUUAGCAGUAUGCUUGCCAGUGUUUAAUUCUGAAAAGGUAAUUGAUUAUUUAUUGAGAAAAGGGGAACUGGACUGAGAGAAAGACAUUUAAUUAAAAUGUUUUUUAAUUAAAUGUGUUUUAAUAUUUAAAAUGUCUUUUAAUAAAAAGACAUUUAUUAAAAUGUCUUUUUUUUUUUUGUACCAGGAAUCAAAGUUCAGGACCAUGUGCUUUCCAGGCAGGCACUAUGCCACUGAGCUAUAUACCUGUUCCUACGUUUUAAAAGAACUUUUCUGUGUAAAAGUUGAAGAAGUUCUUCUGUGUAAGAAGCCCGGCUUCUUAACUUUUUGUCUGUGUAAAUAUGUGAAGUUUCUCUAAUGGAGAACAGGGUAGAAUGUGUUUUCUGCCUGAAAUUUGAAAGAGGCAUUAUUCCGGGGUUUGGCUCAGUGGCAUAAGCACCUGCAUAGCAAACACGAGGUUAUGAGUUUAAUCCUGGUACCAGAAAACAAAACAAAAAAAAAAAAGAACUGAAAGAAAGAAAGAAACAUUUUUUAAAACUAGAGUUUUUGAGAGUUUUGUUUUUGUUUUUGUAGUAUUGGGAAUUGAACCCAGGGACUUCAUACUGAGCUAUAUAUCCAAGUUCUUUUUUAUUUUAUGUUUUGAGACAGUGUCCAAUGACUAUGGCAUGUUCUCAUUAAGCAACAACAAAAAAAGUAUACUAAAAGUCAUCCAUUUCAGAUAACUGAUUUCUGCUGCAACUAUCAGCCUAGGAAGACUCAUCUUUUUUUUUUCUUAUUGCACUAUGAGAAUGCCAGGUGAUGAUUGUUUUAAAUGAUCAAUUAUGUGAUCAGUACCUGUUUUGUGUCAAUAGUAUUCUACCAACUUUGUCAGAAUGGGUUGUGUUUCCGAAUGCCUGUAGUUAAAAAGAAUAUUCAAUAUACUUGCAUAAUAACCUUCAAGAAAUAAUAAGGAUGCUCUAAUCAUGUCAUAGGGCAUUUAAAAGGCCUUAGUCACUAAUAAAUUAAUCCAGUUGUUUUUAAUUUCAUUUACUGAGGGCACCAAAAAAGUUUGGUUUUUGUUUAUUUUGAACAUUAAACAUUCUCAACACUUAGUAUGAAAUCUUAAUCAUGGUUAUGAAGGUUGAUUUCAUUAAUAGCUGCACUGGUAUCUGUUACACAUUAAUGGAACUGCCUGUUAAUAAAUGGUAUCUGUGAAAAAAUA